AUGGACCGGGAAUCUUUUCUGAAAGAUCAACUAGAAGCUGUUCAAAAGGCGUUGACGAAGUACGAAAUGCCUCUUAAGCCGAAACACGCUCGUAGACUUAUCCUUGGAACUCAUCGAGAAAAAAAUGCCGCCGUUUUCUGGAAUGCAGUAAACCGAAUGCAAUUGGAGAAGAAUCCUGUAAUUUCUUGGAAGUUUUGUCACUUGCUGCAUAAGCUUUUGAGAGAUGGACACCGGAAAGUUCCAGAAGAUUCAUAUAGGUUUAUGAAGCGAGUCGGUAUGCUUUCACAGUUUUGGAAACAUUUGCCUGGCUAUGGCGGUUGCAUUGAACAAUAUUGCAAAUUACUUGUGGAACGACUGGAGUUUCAUAAAAGAAAUCCCAUCGUGCCCGGAAGCCUUCAGCUGCCAGAAAAUCAAAUUACGGCGUUGGAUUUGGAUUCUUCUUUUGCUCUGUCUAUUGAAAUGUUAGAUCAAAUGGAUAAUUUGCUGGAACUACAGAAUCGAGUGUUUGACAAUCUCGAAGCAUUACGUUGGUCUUCACUUGUUCCACAAGGGCAAUGUUUGUUAGCUCCGUUGAUUCUCUGCAUUUUGGAUACAUCAAAGCUGUACGAUUACCUUGUGAAGAUAAUUUUUAAAUUACAUGCGCAAAUACCAGCCGAUGCGUUGAUUGGACAUAGGGAUCGAUUCAAGGAUAUCUUUCGAAGGACCAAAAAGUUCUACGAGGAGUCAUCAAAUCUGCAGUACUUUAAAUACCUUGUCUCGAUUCCGACGCUUCCAAAUGCACCUCCAAACUUCUUAAGUGCCAGUGAUUUGGAUUCUUACAGAACACCACAUGCUUAUCUUCAUGGGGAAGGCAGCGAAGGAGACGACAGGUCUGUCGCAGAAGUGACUGAGGAGUCGUUGGUAGAUCUUUACGAGGAAAGCGCGCACAUUCAAUCGCAGCCAUCACCUACACCAACAGUUUCAGAAAGAGAUGAACAAAUGCUAGGAUUACAACGAGCAUUGGAAGAUGAACGUUUUGCAAAAGAACGGUUGAUUGCUGAAGCUAGAUCACGAAUUGAACAAUAUGAAAAUCGGUUAGCACAAAUCCAAGGAGACUUUGAACAUGCUAGGCGAGAAGCUGAUGAAAACAAAGAAGAACUGGAUCGAGUGAAAGCAGAACUGAUGACGCGGGACACGCAACGUGCGUUGAGCGAAGACGCACGAGUUCGGGAAAUUGAGGGCAGAACAGUGCUUGCUGAAGAUCGAUUUGCUAAGAUGAAAGCUGUCUAUGAGCGUUUCCGAGCAGAGCAUGUUACGGCUCUGCAAAAGCUCAGUGAGUUGCAGAAACAGCUAGAAACAAGCGAAAAGGACAGAAUGGACAAGGAGCAAGAACUAAGAGAACUGCGGAGAAAUCUUGAAAGUGCGGAAAAACAACAAAGUGCUCUCGACGACUCUCGUUUUUUGGCUGAUGAUCUUCGUUCUCAACUAGCAAAGGCCGAUCUUCAAAUGGAACAACUACAAAAAGAAUUAUCGGAAACACAGCGCGAAAACUUGAAGAAAUUAGAAGACCAGCGGAAGUCGGCUUUACAGCUUUGUGUUGUUGGCAUAAAGAAGAUGCUGGAGAAGGGCCUCGAGGAUAUAAACAAUGCCACUACGAUAACAUUCCCUCCACGGAAAUCUAGAAGCCCUGACUUUUCGGGUCAUUGUGUCUCGACCGCUGUUGUAAACUGCGCAUCUGCAGCUUAUACCGCUUCCAUUCAACACUUCGAUCAUAUUAAUGAGCUAUGCAAAGAAAUCCUUUCUGUUUCUCUCAAUGCUUAUCAGAAUUGGAACUUUUUUGAGUUAAAGAGUUUGAUUGAUAAACUACUCGGCGCUAUCACAAACUUACCGGUUCAAAAUGAUGUCGAUAAAGAAAAGGUUGGUAGUGAAGUGGACCUUGAAAUGCGACGGAUGGAUGAAGCAAUUCGAUUGGCUGUAGAGAAAAUAGAAGAAAUCCAAAGAAGAGCCCGUCAAAGUUCGGAUGGCAUAAGGCUGGAAGUCAACGAAGCUAUUUUGGGAUGUUGCCAGCAAUUAAUGAAUGCAAUCAUGAUUCUAGUAUCACGAAGCCGCGAAUUGCAAGAAGAAAUUGUUGCCGCGGGCAGGGGUGGAGCUAGUCCAGCAGAGUUCUAUAAACGCAAUCAUCAAUGGACUGAGGGUUUGCUUUCUGCCGCGAAAGCUGUUGGGGUUGCUGCUCGAGUACUUGUCACGGCAGCCGAUGAGGCGGUUGCUGGCACGGGGAAAUUUGAGUCGUUAAUCGUGGCCGCUCAGGAAAUUGCCGCUUCAACGGCGCAACUUUUUGUUUCAAGCCGAGUAAAAGCAGACCGUGAUUCAAACAGGCUAAGUGCGUUGUCGGUGGCAUCAAGGAAUGUUAAUCAAUCAACGGCGCAGGUUGUUGCGAGUGUGAAAAACGCUCAAGCUACUCUUAACGACAAAGAUGUUCUUGAUUUCUCCCACCUUUCUCUUCAUGAAGCAAAGAAAGAAGAGAUGGAAUCACAAGUGAAAAUGCUUGAACUGGAGCAAGAAUUAACGCGAGAAAGGGCACGCUUGGCUGAGCUUCGAAAAGCCCACUAUCACAUGGCUCAAAUUGUCGCUACAAACAAAAGU